UUCGUCUGCUCCACACCCACGCACCAAAGCGAGUCCUGCUCGAGCUCGCCUUUCCAGCCGCCCUGCUCCUGGUCGGCCUGUUCGCUCCUCGAUCGCCGUCUGCCUGUCCGUCGGUCUUGCUUCUGGUUCAGCUGCCUCGACCCUCUCGCCUCCCGUCGCCACCAUGUUGAUUGACGAAGAUUCCACCCGUGCCAACGAGGGUGCCUCCAAGCCCCUGCGUAUCUUGAUGGCAACCGAGUAUUUGCCCCCUCACAUCUCGGGCAUUGCAAAUCGAUGCAAAAACCUGAUCAAAGGCUACCGAGAUAACGGCCACCAUGUCACUGUCGUUUCUGUGGCUGGCACCGACUGCGAUAUUGUCGCCCCUUCGGUCCCCAACCCUUUUUAUACGGCACAGAGGAUGUUCAUUGCCGUCCCGUUGCUGCUGCUCUGGCAGCUCCUGGACUUUACCACCCCUGUCCCCUAUGACAUCAUCCACGCCGUCGGACCUCUUUGCUUCCCCUUCAUCUUCGCAAUGCCUCUCUUCAAGCUCCGUGGCGUCAAGGUGUACAUUUCGUACCACGUCUAUCUCCAGUACUACAAGCGCCACUACUUUGGUGACAAUCUCAUCCUGGGCAUGAUUGUCGAGGGCCUCUAUCUGCUGUUCUAUUUUAUGCCCCUGGUCUGCUUUGCGGACGUGGUAGGAAUCCCCUCCCGAACGGCCGACUGGUGCGUCUUUGCCUAUUCCAAGAGAAUCCACGUCAUGAAAUCUGGCCUCGACACAACCCUGUUUGCUCCCCGCGAGGACGAAGCUGUGUCCGUUGCCGAAACGCUGGCGACCCCGACCUCCCAGCUGACCCAGCGAGUCGUUCCCGACCAAUCGAGCCGCGCCGGCCCCAUCCUCGUCUACGUUGGUCGUCUGGCCGCCGAAAAGAACGUUGAUUUCCUGAUCGCGAGCAUGAAACACCCGAAGCUCGCCAAGACCACGCUGGUUAUUGUUGGAGACGGGCCGGAGCGCCAGCGCCUUGAAGGCCUUGCCGAGGAAAUCGUGGGCGCGGAUCGCGUCUACUCGUACUCGGGCUCUCAGCCUGGUGACAUUGGCCUCCUGAAACAAAGCUCCUCGAAGCGAGUCAUCUUUGCGGGAAUGAUCACGGAUGAAAGAGAAACGGCUCGGUUCUAUGCGCACGCCGAUCUGUUCGUCUCGGCCUCGGCUUCGGAGACCUUUGGCUUCACGGUCGCCGAGUCGCUGUCAUGCGCCACCCCGGCUGUUGUUGUUCGUUCGGGCGCCUUUGCCACCAUCUACCGCAUGAUCGACGAGUGGAUGUUCGAGGAGGGAAACGUCGAAGACUAUGCCGACAAGAUCACUCGGACGUUCAAGGACCGCGUGGUGGCUCGGAAGGUCUCGCGGAGAAUCGCCGUGAACCAGUUCAGUGUCGAAGCCGCCAUCCGUAACCUGCUCAAGACAUACGAAUGCAUCGUCGACGAGCGUGAACAUGAACUCGAGUCCCUGGACGCCGUCAAGGAGAAGUAAGGGGAACCAUGGCUCGGAUGCUGGCCGGCGACAGAGGACAUCUCUGCAGCCCCGGUGCUUGUCCCAGACGGACGAGGUUAUGAGACUUUUUCUCUGCGCUUGAAACCUCGUCCCGAGGUCCCGAAUCGGCUUACCGUUGUGUAGCCGACGCUCUGUAUAUUCCACGAUUUCUAUUGCCUGUCGAAUACCUUAUUUCCCUCUCCAUUCCGCGUCUCUGUAUAGUCCCGCCCUGUGCUUGUCCUUGCGCUGUUGCUUCUGAUGCGAUCCCCGCAGCCGCGUGUGCUUGUCGGCUGAGCGUCGGGUGGUGUCGUUUGUGCAGCACGCUUGUCACGAACUAUGCAAUGUCCAUCUGAAUACAAUCUUCAUGGCGAA